ACGAAACAUGAAACCGGUUCCUUCAGUUACUAACUGUGUUACGUAACGUUAGCACACUGGUUACAGUGGCGGCCCUCAACAUGUGAGUUUGGGGGGUCAAAGACAACCUUCUACUACUUUCAAGGUAUGAAGGACAGUGUGUAGCACACUAUGGUCGCCGUGUGGGCCCCACCACUAGUGGCGUUACUCCUGUGUGGGACAGUUGUGAUAGGGCAAGGCUAUCCCUCAGUGGAUGGGUACACUGUACGUCAGGGAGACUGCCCUGGGAACGACAUCUGGGACAUCUAUGGAACCGGCAUCACCCUGCAAACCUGCGCGGACCGCUGCUCAAGUCAUCCCGACUGUGUCUCCUUCAUGUUUUAUGACAACACAAAGUGCUACCCGAAGACUCAAACAUGCGCCGAAACGGACAAGAGCAACCCUAAAAAUGUGUUCUACGACAAAAGCACCAGUACCCUUGAUACAGGUUUGUACACAAAUGUAUAAAUCGAUACGUAUAUA